GGGAAAUGUGCCCUGGUCAAUGUAACAGCUGACGGGUAGACCACCAACAAUCCAGAGGCUUUAGGUGGGAGACUGAGUAGUGGUAUAAAUCCAGUCUCCUUGGAUUUAAGGGCUCAUUGUGUGGAUGGCGGCGUGAAUCCCCAGUCACCACGUUAAUGUAGUAACCCGCCAGGCAACGUACAACCGGGCGACUGAAAUUUGUGAUACCGUCUAACGUUGUUCAGAAGAAGACGAAGACCCGCGCAGUCCAUACACAGUUGCGAAUCACAACGACAUAGAUCAUGCGCGAAAUUCGCAGUCACAAUACAGCCCCAAACCAUGCCAAGAAGUCUGAUAUGAUUUAACUGUCCUACAACAAACCGCAUUGAUACCUCGGCCUCCUUUAGCCAUCAUGUCGACUAGGCAGCGGAUCCGAGAUUUCAUCAGCGUCGCCAAAGACCAUAUUUCAGCAAUAUCAGGCAGAUACCGCAUCUCACCUGCUGACUUCGAUCAGCUAUAUCAGCUCUACCAAAAAGACACCUCGGCAAAGGGACUCUAUGAAUUCAUUGUUGACCAUCCGAUCACGCAUGCUAUGGCAGGAAAACUGAACAAUCGACCUAUUGACGUGCUUGCAACCAUGGUCAGUAAGACAGCAGAGGUUUGCCAAAUGGAACUUGAUGCUGAGAUCGAGAUGCACCAGGAUGCAGAAGUGAAAGCCGCGGCAGCUCGAGCAAAGGCAAUGGCCGAAGCUAGAAGUGUGAGCGAGCACACUCCGAAGGGCGACAGGUCGUUGCAAAUCAGCUACGCAGAUGGCAAAAUGGAGAUGGAAAGCAUGUCUUCUGAGACAAUCCUGGGAUGAGAGAAGCGGGAUGAAGUAAGGGAUGAUACCAGGUCCCAGGGCAAUGCCAUGGCAGCACGAGAUAUUUAGCUUACUGGAAAAGACCAAUACGUCAUACUAAUAAG